CGUUUGGUCAACACUAGCUACCUGGUUCACAUAAAUGAAAAAAAAAAUGCACUGAAUGUACGCCGCAUAGGCUAACUAGCUCGCUCUCCAAGUUCGAUACACCGUAGCCUGCCGUCCUGUUGCCGAAGCAACCGCGGAGACAGCCAGAUUCUCUGCUUUAACCCAGCCCAGAAAGAUCUGGAAAGUGGAAGCUAAUUCAUAGCGCACCUCGGGCUAUGUAAAGAGGGGGAACUUUCUGGAAAGUUCGCAAAGUAUAUAUAGCCUACACAGCUAGGCAGCCUGAUUUUCAAGCAACCUGAGAAAACGAAGGCGCGUAGGCAUAUUGGUUUGCAAAUCGCCACGCCUUUUGGUUCACUGUGACAGUUGAAUGGGAAGCAAUAAUAUAAAAAAUGUCAGUUGUGGGAUUUGAUGUCGGAUUUCAGAACUGCUAUAUUGCUGUCGCCAGAGGUGGAGGAAUUGAAACGGUGACAAAUGAAUUCACAGACAGAUGCACACCAGCUGUUGUGUCAUUUGGCCAAAAAAAUAGAACCAUUGGCAAUGCUGCAAAAAAUCAGCUCAUAUCCAAUGCCAAGAACACAGUGUUCAACUUCAAGAGGUUACAGGGCAGGUCAUUCCAAGACCCUGUGGUUCAAAGUGAGAGGGCUAACCUGCCAUAUGACCUGGGACCCACAGAGGAUGACCGAGUCGGAACCAAGGUGCUGUACAUGGAUGAAGAGCACCAGUUCAGCAUUGAGCAGGUCGCUGCCAUGCUUCUGACUAAGAUGAAGGAGAUCGCCGAAGCUAAUCUUCAGAAGAAGGUGCAAGACUGCGUCAUCUCUAUCCCUUCAUUCUUCACUGAUGCAGAAAGGAGGUCUGUGUUGGAUGCUGCCCACAUUGCUGGUCUGAACUGCCUGAGGCUAAUGAAUGACACUACAGCAGUUGCCUUGAAUUACGGGAUAUACAAACAGGACCUCCCCCCCGCAGAGGACAAGCCCAAGAUUGUGGUUUUUGUUGACAUGGGCCACUCUGCAUUUCAAGUGUCCGCCUGUGCGUUCAGUAAGGGAAAAGUGAAGAUGCUAGCCACAGCUUUUGACCCUUACUUGGGUGGAAGGGACUUCGAUCAGAGGGUGGUGGAGUACUUCUGCGCCGACUUCAAGUCGCGGUACAGGCUGGACGUGAAGUCCCGCGCCCGCGCCCACCUGAGGCUCCAGCAGGAGUGCGAGAAGCUGAAGAAGCUCAUGAGCAGCAACUCCACCGACCUCCCCCUCAACAUCGAGUGCUUCAUGGACGACAAGGACGUGUCUGGGAAGAUGAAUAGGGCCCAGUUUGAGGAGCUGUGCGCAGACCUGAUCGAGCGGGUGUCGGUCCCCCUGGUGGCAGUGAUGGAGCAGGCGCAGCUGCAGCCCCAGGACGUCAGCGCCGUGGAGAUUGUGGGCGGGGCCACCCGGAUCCCCGCCGUCAAAGUGAAAAUCUCCAAGUUCUUCGGGAAGGAGGUCAGCACCACGCUCAAUGCAGACGAAGCUGUGGCCAGAGGCUGCGCUCUGCAGUGCGCCAUUCUGUCCCCGGCCUUCAAAGUGCGGGAGUUCUCCAUUACCGAUGUCAUGCCUUUCCCGGUAACUCUCAGCUGGAGCAGCGAAGCCGACGAAGGCAACGGAUGCCAUGAAGUCUUUUCCAAGAAUCACGCUUUUCCAUUCUCCAAAGUCAUUACGUUCUACCGGAAGAAUCCUUUUACGCUUGAAGCCCAUUAUACAGACCCAACCUCUCUGCCGUACCCACAGGCCAAGAUCGGUGAAUUUGCUGUGCUGAAUGUGUCCCCUCAGGAGGACGGGGAGCGCUCCAAGGUUAAGGUGAAAGUGCACGUGGACGCGCACGGAAUCAUCGGCGUGUCCUCCGUCGCCAUGGUGCACAAGGUGAGGGUGGAGGACCAGAAGGCCGGCGCUGGGGAAGACGCCGUGCCCGAGGAGACCAGCCCUCAAAAUGGCGUCGACAGCCUCGAUGCCCUGGACAAGAUACACGAUAAAAAAGAUGGUGAUAUCCAAGCCUGGGUUGACACUGAAAACCAGCUGGCUCCACAGUGCCCCCCCAUGGAUGGGGGAAGCCAUAGCAAUCCACAGAGCGUGAAUGCAGACGUGAACACCCACCACCCGCCCGAUGCCAAGAAGCCCAAGAUGAAAGUCAUGCACAUCAGCCUGCCCGUCGAGGCCCGACUGGUGCAGCAGCUGGGAAAGGAUCGCCUCAGCGUGUACAGAGAGCAGGAGGUUAAGAUGAUCGCGCAGGACACGCUGGAGAAGGAGAGGAGUCAUGCCAAAAACGCGGUGGAGGAGUACGUUUACUACUUCAGACACCAGCUGGAGGGGCCGUAUCAGACGUACCUGAGUUCAGAGGAACAAGACAAGUUCUCAGAGCUCCUGACCAAGACUGAGAACUGGCUCUAUGAUGAAGGGGAUGACCAGGACAAAAAAGUGUAUCUGGACAAGCUGGAACAAAUCCAGAAACUCGGCAUGCCUAUGCAAGAGAGGUACCAAGAGGCCGAGUGGAGGCCCAAGCUGUUUGAGGAGCUCAAAACCAAAAUUGAGGUGUACAUGAGGGUCGCGGAGGACUACAAGAACAAGGACGAGAAUUACAUGCACAUAGACGCGGUGGACAUGGAGAAGGUGAGCAAGUGUGUGCAGGACGCGCAGGAUUGGAUGACCGCCGCCAGCUCCGCCCAGGACAGGCUCCGCCCAGAUGAGGACCCCGCGGUCCACAGCUCCCAAAUCAGGGAGAAGCUACAGGAGCUGGAGAACGUGUGCGAGCUGGUGGUCACCAAGCCCAGGCCCAGAGUGGAGUCCCCGGCGGAGGAGCCCGCGCAGACGGACAACUGCAAGAAGGCCAACGGCGUGGCCACGGAGCAGGAGACGGGCCUGCAGAACAGCGAAAACUCCCCGUCCUGCAUGGAGGUGGAGUAGAGCCAAAAUGGCUGCCGCAAGUCAGCGUGGAAAUAAAAGAACACGAUACGGAUUAUACCAAGUGAACUUCACGCUGCGUCAGUGCAGGCCCCUUUGCCAUGACAUGGAUGUGUAUUUCCUGUGUGCUAAAGCAAGAAAGCUAAAUUAAAUAUAUUUUUCUGUUCAUCGGUGCACUUUUCUGUACUUUUGUUUCUUGUUCUUUGGGAUUUUUCUCUGUGUUUAUUCUGGUUCACACAAGUUCUGUGUUUCUUUCUUCCGUGUUCUUCUAGAUUUUUCUUUGUGUGUAUAUUGCGGUUCAGACAUCUUUUUGUGUUACCUGGUUUUCUACGUGUUGUUGUUGCGCCAGGACAAUCUGUCAAUGGAAAAAUAUUAUUGAGCAGUAAAGUUGGUUUCACUUGUUAUUUAAGGGAAAAAAACAAGGUUAAGCCAUAGCACGCAAUCCAGUAGAAUAUGUGAAUUACUGUGGAAGGCAUUAUCAUAAAAAUGGAAAUGUUAAAUUAUAUUUACAGCAUAUGCUACUUUUAUUUUUGCUACUAUACUUAAGUCAGUGGUUAGCUGUGAAUAAAAUUAUACCCAGGUAAAGUGCUAAAUGCAAUGUCCUUGUUGCACAAUACAGUGUUUAAGUGUUCCCUGAAACAUACCCUGAAACGUUUUAACAAUUCCCAUACGCACUACAGAGAACCCUGAACAUUGUACAACAUUUGGUUUACAAAGAAUAAAUAUGAUUGUCCCUUC